ACGAGGGAGGUUAUUUGGAUAACUAUCAAAACCCUAAAGCUACAUCUAUUUUCUGCCUAUAUAUAGAGGCAAAAUCUCAAAUUAAAAGGUACCCCACCUCUUUUGAUCAAUUUUUUUGGAGAUUUUUCAUCGGUAGCGAUUGGAUCAACUUUCCCGCAUCUCGAAAAUUGUUGGAGUGAUCAUUUUUGCACCAACAACUAUCAUCCAACUAUUAUGGCUAUAGUUAAAACCAGGGCUUUUGAGACUCGGGCAACUGCUAUUGUUAAUAAGUUAGGUUUUAGUAGGGCCUUUGUUGUUGAUCCUGUUGUUUUUUAUGGUGGGUUAUGGUUACUUUGGGAUCCUGCCAUUGUAGAUAUUUCUUGUGUUUCUACUUCUCGUUGGUCGAUUCAUGAUGUGGUCUCGAUGGUGAAUUCUCCUUUAUCUCAACCUUGGCUGCUGUCUUCUAUCUACGGUAGUCUUAAUCAUGUUACUCGGCAAAGAAUUUGGGCUGAGCUUGAAUCGGUGUCAUCUUUAUCUGGUUGCAGUUGGAUGGUUUUGGGGGAUUUUAAUUCCUUUUUGCAUAGUCAUGAGAAAAUUGGAGGGAACCCGCUUUCUUUGUCACAAUCUCAAGAACUUAAUGCGGUUUUUAAUCAAUGUGGUUUGAUUGAUUUGGCUUCUUCCGGUCCCAGAUUCACUUGGAAUAACCAUCAGAUAGGUCAUCAUAAUAUUAAGGAGCGUCUGGAUAGAGUGGCUGCUAAUGGUUCCUUUCAAGUUCUUUUCCCAUUGGUUCAGCAGGUGCAGGAGGUGUAAUUCGUGACUGCUCAGGUUUUUUUGUGGCUGGUUUUGCACAUCAUCUUUGUACAAAUUCGUCGACAACAGCUGAAAUGUGGGCUAUAAGAGAUGGUCUCCUUCUUGCUCUUAAGCUCAAUAUUACACACCUGACUGUAGAUAGUGACUCCUCUUCUACAAUAGCUUUUUGUAACUCUUCUGUUUCUCCUCCUUGGUACUUGAGAGGACUUCUUCUUAACAUUCAAGAGCUGGUUAAGUCCUUUCAAGUUGUUAGUUUUACACCACCUGCGUGAAUCAAACAUGGUGGCUGACGCUCUGUCUAAAAAGGCAUUAGCACCUUCUGUUUUUGAGGAGUGGAUUCUCCAUCCACCUCCUUUUAUUUUGGAUGAUCUGUGUAAUGAUCUGAUGGGGACGGCUUUGCCCCGACUUGUUAAAGCCACUUAGUCUGUGUAUAAAGUUGUUUGUUUACCAACAAAA